CGAGGGUCCGGCGAGUACAUCAGUUCUUCGAGCGCCCUCGAGGUGCCUUUAAAAUGGGGCUCUCGACGCAUUAGCACCUCACCUGUUCUCCCAAGGUCACCGUUUUCUUUCGUUUUCCAGUUCACCUUCCUAGUACUCUUCAUCAAAAUGGUUGCAGCAGGUCUGCUCGCUCUUUCUGCCCUCAUUACGCUCGCGCUGGGCCGGCCCAGUGCGACGCACUCUCGUUUUGUCGUCCGCGACAAGCGUGAGGCUGUUCCCUUCGGCUUCAACAAGGGCAACGGCUUCCCGCUCCUCCCGCCUGGCAUGCUCCGGUUAACGAUUGCUCUGCCCCAGUCAAAUGUCUCCGGUCUUCACCAAUCCCUCCUGGACGUCAGUGACCCGACGUCCGAGAACUACGGCAACCAUCUCUCCAAGGCAGAGGUCGAGCAGCUCGUUGCUCCUUCUGCGGAGAGCUCGAACGCCGUCAAGACUUGGCUCAGUAAGAAUGGUAUCACGCCCACGACGACGUCCGCGUCCGGGGAUAUGGUGGAGAUCCAGAUCCCCGCUGAGCAAGCGAACGCCCUCCUGAACGCGAACUUCACCUCGUACGUUCACGAGGCCUCGAACACGACCGUGGUCCGCACGCUCGCGUACUCGCUCCCCGAUGACGUCCACGACCACGUCGCGUUCAUCUACCCGACGACGCAGUUCAUCCCCCCUGCGAACAACAAGGUCCAGGUGAAGGCCAUUCAACCCCCAGCUGCCGUUUCCAAGCGCUCUCGCUCUCGGCGCGCGGACAUCCCCUCCGAGUGUGCUCAGGUGAUCACGCCGGCAUGCUUGCAGGCGAUCUACAACAUUCCCGCGACGCCUGCGACCGCCUCGGGCAACAGCUUGGGAGUUAGUGGCUUCGGCGGCGAGGUUGCGAACCCUGAUGAUCUUACGCAAUUCCUUGCCCAAGUUCGUCCUGACAUCACCAACGGCACGUUCGCUGUUCAGGAUGUCGAUGGUGGUAGCGAUGAUGGUCAGGGUACAACCGAGGCGAGCCUUGACAUUCAGUACACCGUCGGCGUGGCGACGAACGUCCCUACCACCUUCAUCUCGGUCGGCGACCAGAACCAGGAUGGCGACCUCGGCGGCUUCCUCGACAUCAUCAACACCCUCCUUAAGCAGGACAACCCGCCGCUCGUUCUCACGACCUCGUUUGGCUUCGAUGAGGCGCCCUUCGCGGAGCAGGCGCCGGACCUCGCUCAGACCCUGUGCAAUGCCUACGCCCAGCUCGGUGCCCGUGGCACGUCUGUCCUCUUCGCGUCUGGCGACGGUGGUGUAUCUGGUCCCCAGGCCAAUAACGACUGCGAUGGCCAGGCGUUCUCGCCCACCUUCCCCUCUGGCUGCCCUUACUUGACCUCCGUUGGUAGCACCCAGGGCAACAGCCCCGAGACCGCGGCGCCCUUCACUUCCGGUGGCUUCUCGAACAUCUUCGCGCAGCCCUCCUACCAGGCCGACGCCGUAGCAGGUUACCUCAAGGCGCUCGGCAACACGAACCAGGGCCUCUUCAACGCCUCCGGCCGCGCGUUCCCCGACGUCGCCACCCAGGGCGUGCAAUUCGCGAUCAACGUUGGCGGCCAGUUCCAGGGCGUCGACGGCACGUCCGCCUCCUCCCCCACCUUCGCCUCUGUCGUCGCGCUCCUCAACGACGCGCGCCUGAACGCUGGCCAGGCCCCGCUCGGCUUCCUCAACCCGCUCCUCUACUCGCAGGGCGCCGCGGCGCUCAACGACAUCACGUCCGGCAGCAACCCCGGCUGCGGCACCCAGGGCUUCCCUGCGGUCGAGGGCUGGGACGCCGUUACUGGUCUCGGCACGCCCGACUUCAGCAAGCUCCUCACGCUCGUCACCGGGAGCGCUGCAUCGGGCUCUGACAACAGCACCGAUACCGGGGACAACAGCGCGUCGGGCAACAGCACCGCAACAGCCACCGACAGUGGCUCUGCGUCGACCGACACCUCCGUCGCCACUGACACCUCUGUUGCGACCGCGACGGAUUCCUCCGUAGCGACUGCGACCGACACCUCUGUCGCGACCGCGACCGACAGCACUGGUGCGGGCUCCACAGACACCGCGGGCGCGACCGCAACUGCGACUGACAGCUCCGACGCCACUGCGACCGACAGCGCCGCUGCUACUGGUACCGCUGCCGCGGGGACCGGUAAGGGCAAGAAGCACCACAAGGGCGCUCAGGCGGCCAAGCAGCAGGGGGCGAAGGAGCAGCAGCAGGAGCAGCAGGCGGCGCAGUAGACGGUAGGGAACCGUUGCUUGCUCUGGUAUUUAGUUCUUGGAUCGCGGAGCGGACGACAUCUAUGACGGAUCGGAUUUUGGUCAGAGCGACUUGCUGUAUUUUAGCCCAUUGUUGAGUACUGGAUUGGAAAUCAACGGUGACCUUCUCC